UUGAUAUUCUGAUUUGUUUUUUAUUUUGAUUUUUGAUUUGUAUUUGUUAUAUAUUUUAGAUUUUUGAUUAUCUAUUUGUUCCUUUCAAUUUGUGUUUUUAAUUUAUGUGUUCAAAUUUGUAUUCAAUCAUGUAGUUUUUGAUUUACAGAUCAGUAUUCUUUCGAGCAAUGGCAUCAGAAUUUCAUCAUAGUUCGUCCUCAUCAUUGACGGAAUCAAAUUCUGUUGUGGAUAAUGAACAAUAUGCAAGUUGUUCUAAUUCAAAUGUGGCUGUUACUCCUGAAGUAAUUCCUAUAUUAAGUCCAGGGGGAACGAGAGAAUGGAUUCCAUGUUGUUCUGAUGAGUUAAAACCUGUUGUAGGGAUGAAAUUUAUGAGUGUCGAAGAGGGUAUUUCAUUUUAUAAAGCAUAUUCAAAAGCUGCUGGUUUUGUGAUGAGGAAAUCUACUGCUACAAAAAAGAAGGCACUAGACGUUAUUGCUUUUCAGUAUUGUUUAUGCAACAAGGCUGGUUUCAAAGAAAAAGCAAUAGUUAAGGUUGGAGGCAUGCCAAAUGUUAAAAAAGGGGAAGGUAAUGAAGAUAAAGUACCUAUACCUCGAAGAAGGCUAGUUACUCGUGUUGGUUGCAAGGCUCGGAUGGUUAUGAAGUAUAAAAAUGAAGGUUUUUAUGUGGUGACUGAAUUCCGAGAGCCACAUGUUCAUCCUCUUUACACCCCGGGUUGUCUAAAAUUUCAGAAAGCGGGUAGGAAAAUUAAUAUUCUUCAUAAGAAUAUGAUUAUUGAUAAUUCGAAGGUGAACAUUGGUCCGGUUAAGACUUUUAGAUUGAUGAAGGAGUUAGUUGGAUCAUAUGAUAACGUUGGUGCAUCCAAGCAAGAUUUCAAAAAAAUUCAUAGAGAUUUGAAGGCUUACAUUGAAGGAUCGGAUGCCCAAAUGUUUGUGAAUAACUUUCAGAACAAGAAGUUGUUAUGGAGUGCAUUUUUCUUUGACUAUGAGGUGGAUGAAGACGAGCAACUUUGUAAAGCUUUUUGGGCAGAUCCUAUAUGUAGAAAGAAUUAUGCACUCUUUGGUGAUAUGGUUUCUUUUGACACCACAUUUCAAACAAAUAGGUAUAAUAUGAUAUUUGGCCCAUUUACUGGAGUUGAUCACCACAAGAAGUGUGUUACUUUUGGUGCUGCUUUAAUAGCCCAUGAGGACAUCGUGUCUUUUGAGUGGGUUUUUAGAACUUUCCUCAAGGCAAUGGGAGGUAAUGAGCCAGCUUGUUUGAUUACGGAUGAAGAUCCGGCAAUGAAAAUAACUAUUCCUAAAGUGUUUCAGACCGCUGAGCAUAGGUUUUGUAUGUGGCAUAUAAUGAAAAAAAUGCCUGAGAAAGUCGGCCGUCAGAUUACGCAAGAGACUGAGUUUCUUAAUAAAAUUUGCAAAUGUGUUUGGAGUGAAGAGAUUGAGCCAACAGAAUUUGAAGAGAAAUGGGGAAAGGUUCUUGCUGAGUUCAAGCUUCAAGACCAUGAGUGGUUGAAGUAG